AUGGCCUUCACCUGCUCCGACAUCUUCAAGAUCAUCCUUGCCGUCAUCCUCCCUCCUCUUGGUGUCUUCCUUGAGCGAGGAUGUAACGCCGACUUCUUGAUCAACAUCCUCUUGACCGUCCUUGGUUACAUUCCCGACGCUUUGUACAUCAUCCUGAAGUAUUAA